GCAAGGCACAGCACAGGCGCGCGGCGCUCUCUACAAAACGCCGACACACUCAUAUAUAGGAACUCCGAGGAAGUUUGCAGCUCGUGUUUUGCUUCGCCUUCACAACUUCUCUCAUGGCGGGGAGCUUCUGCUUCUUGUCCGCCCUGGUGCUUCUGGUAAACAUGGCAGCUGCGUUGCUUACCCCACCCGCUCUUCCUCCCGGGCUGGCCUCCGUGGGCGCCAGCGCCGACGACGGGGAAGUCGACUUCUUCUUCUUCCCGUUCCUAGUCCUCUACAAGAGCGGCCUCGUGCAGCGAUUCAUCGGCACGGACACCGUGCCAGCCUCCACGGACGCGGCCACCGGCGUCACCUCCAGGGACGUCGUCGUCAACGCUGCCACGGGCCUCGCCGUGCGCCUCUACCUGCCUCCUAGCCUCGCCACCAACCGCACAGGCACGGACACCGACGACAGCGGUGGAAGGCUGCCGCUCCUCGUGUUCUACCACGGCGGCGCGUUCGUCACAGAGUCGGCCUUCUCGCCGACGUACCACCGGUACCUGAACGCGCUGGUGUCCAGGGCACGGGUGCUCGCCGUGUCCGUUGAGUACCACCUCGCGCCCGAGCACCGCCUCCCGACGGCGUACGACGACGCGUGGGCGGCACUCCGGUGGGCGCUCGCCAACACGCGGCGGGCCGGGACCGGGACGGACCCCUGGCUGUCGCGCCACGCCGACCCGGCGCGGCUGUUCCUGGCCGGCGACAGUGCCGGCGGCAACAUCGCGCACUACGUGGCGCUGCGCGCGGGGCGGGAUGGCCUUGACUGCGACGACGGCGCUGCCGCCGUCCGGGGCCUCGUGCUGCUCGACCCCUACUUCUGGGGGAAGCGCCCCGUGCCGUCGGAGACGAGCGACGAGGACAUUCGGCGGUGGCACGAGCGCACGUGGAGCUUCUUGUGCGGCGGCCGCUACGGGAUCGACGACCCGGUGAUCAACCCGGUGCCCAUGCCACCGGAGGAGUGGCGCCGGCUCCCCUGCACGCGCGUGCUGGUCACCGUGGCGGGGCUGGACAUGCUCAGCGCCAGGGGCCGUGCGUACGUCCACGCGCUCAGGGCCAGCGGGUGGCAAGGCGAGGCGGAGCUGUACGAGACCCCCGGCGAGUAUCACGUCUACUUCCUGAACAAGCCCGACAGCGAUGAGGCGGCGAAGGAGAUGGAGGUUGUGGUGAACUUCAUCAAUGGCGAUCAAGUGAGCACCAGAGGAUAGGCGGAGCCUGAUGUGAAACAUAUGGGGGCCCAAUUUGUCAAUUGAAUCUAUAAAUAUAUAAGUCGUGAAAAAAAAUAAUGUUAGUAAUUAUAAUUAAGUCAUAGUAUACAAAAUACAUUUGACAAUAAAAUAGCUGAGCAUAAAAGAUUCUCUA